AUGGGGAGGGAUGAAAAGCCGGUCAAGAGGAAACCUGAAAAGGAGUUGCCAGCUCCUGAUUGGCUGCCUGCUGGCUGGCACGUGGUUGAGAAAGUGCGCAUUUCAGGCAACUCUGCUGGCACUAAAGACAAGUACUACCACUCUCCGGAUGGCCGUGUGUGCCGCUCCAAGAAAGAGGUGAUGGCAUACUUGCAAGGAGCGCAGCCUCGAGGGAAAAAGGCAAAGACGAGCGCACACGAGCAGAUGCACCAGCGGCGGCAGCAGCAGCAGCAGCAGGAGGAGGAGGAGCAGCAGCAGCAGCAGCAGCAGCAGCAGCAACAACAACAACAGCAACAGCAACAGCAGCAGCAGGAACAACCUUUUUUCACCCCGUGCCCUCUCACCUCCAUGGUCAUGCCUAAUAAUCUCGCCUCACCUACCGGGCCUGCUCCUUCUGGGGGGGUGCAUCAUUGUCAUACGGCAGCAGCAGCAGCAACAGCAGCAGCAGCAGCACCGCCCGCCUUUUUCGCGACACCAGCGGCCACUGGUAACCAAGCAAGCGGCGCGUAUUCUCAUGCUUUUGACGUCGCAGACGCCCGUCCCUGCCAUUUCCAGGCUUCGGUCGUGUUCGGGUUCCCUGCUGCCUGCCCUUUCCCCCUUGUGUCGCCCAUGUUUCGCUGGCCUUGUGGCUCCAAUGAGCCUCGGAUGGACACGGGGCGUGGUUCUGUGGGGGGAGAGGGGAGUGAGGCACUGGGGGCGUCAGCAUGUGCAGGGGUGGAAGGUGCAGAACAAGCAGCGGCGUGCAAUCCUGGUGGCGGCAGCAUGUGGGGGGCUGGGUGUGGCAGGGCGAGGAGGAAGCAAAGGGCACGGAGGGAUUUGUGGGAGGAGGAAGCAGAGGCAGAGCAGGGAGGAGGGUGGCGCAGAGAAGGGGAGUUUGUUCAUCUAGCGGGCGGAAAUGAGGGGACUGAGAGGGGGGAGGGGGAGGGGGACUGGAGCGGGGGAAGCAGGAGGGGAUUUGUUGAACCAGUGGAUGAGACUGUCCGGCAAGAUGAGAUGGCUGGGACGGAAAUGGGAGACAGGGGAAGCAUGAAGCUGAAGGUGGGGAGGGCUGGACAGGACGAGUUGGGGGGUGAGAGCGAGGGAAAGGGUAAAUGGCGAUGGAUACAUGAGAGUGGAUGGAAGACAAAUCAUGCAGACACGACUGCGUGCCGAUUAGAAGCAGGUAGACAGUGGUUUAAGCAGGUGGGAGGUGGUGAAUGUGGGGGAGUGGAUAGCAGAGAAGAUAUGGGCGGAGAUAAUGUGGAGGGUAGGGAUGUGAGUGCGAGUGCAAGGGCGAGUGUGCAAGGGGGGUGUAUACAGGUGAAAGAGGAGGGUGCAUGA